AUGGCUUCUAACGACGAAAACCGAGCUAUACCCCUGACGUCAUACGAAACAGCCCUAUGUGUGGUUCCUCCGGCGCAUUUAACCGGAGAUAUUGACCGUCUACGAGCACUAUACGACAAAGCACAUGGAAGAUGGCCACCGCAUGCCAAUCUGAUUUACCCAUUUGUGCCUUCAGAGGAGCUGCCCCAAGCUUCCAAAGUGCUACAGUCACUGUUAAGCAAGAGGAAAGAGAUUGAACCCAUCCGUCUAAGGUUCGAUAAAGCAGACUUCUUCACCCAUAAGCGCCAUAACACGGUGUAUCUCACGGAUAGUGGAAGCGAGGGAGUCAAGGCCCUAACACGGCUACAAGGAGAUAUUGUGGAUGCUCUCGGUAGCCAGGCAGGGGCCUCUGGGCAGCUGCAUCUCACAAUCGGUCAGAGUGAGGCAGACGAUUUGGCAGAGAGACAAUUCUUACUAGAGAAAGUUAGCUUGAUUCCUGCCGUUGAGUGGGAAGUGGAAGAACUAGUAAUUCUGAUCCGGGAUCGAUCACAAGGGUUGGACACUGCUUCCAGCCCAAUGGUAGUGUGGGGAGCUGUUUCGCUGUCCGGUACACCGUUGCCGAAUCCUCAAGCUCUUGAAUAUUCCUCGCCGUCCUCGUUGCCGGCCCACUCAGAGACUACAUUUCAAUAUUCACUUACCAAGGAUGAUGGCGAGGAAGGAAAAUGGAAUGCUAUCCCAAAGUCAGCUUCACAGCCAGCAGCAGGCCGGCAGAUAGAGUCAUCAGUGACAGUUGCCUCGUACAACGUCCUCAUCGAAUCUCCACAUCCGCCUCCUACGGAGAGGUAUCCCCUUCUCCUCCAUAAUCUGCUCUCCGACGCUGCAACUGCAGAUAUUCUCAUCCUACAGGAGAUAAAUGAUGGCUUCUUGUCCUUCCUCCUUCAAGACAAGGAUAUCCGCCUCCGCUACCCCUUCGCAACCCAUGGACCACCCGACCAGGCCGAAAUUGGUCCGCUCAACAGCCUCCGAAACAUUAUCGUGCUCAGCCGUUGGCAGUUCCGGUGGGAGUGGCUACCGUUCGACAAACGGCAUAAAGGUGCUGUUGUGCUUCAGCUAGAGGACUUGGGUACCUUCCACGAUUCUGAAUUCCUUCCUCUCGUUGUGGCAGGUGUACAUCUUAGCUGUGGUCUCAUUGAUAGUUCUAUCAUGGCGAAACGGUCUCAACUUCAAACGGUACUCAAAUAUCUAUCUGGAAAAUAUCCCAGUAACCAUUGGGUGGUUGCCGGAGAUUUCAAUAUUGCGACCUCUUCUUACACAAUCGAUACUGCAUUAAAGCGGAGAUCGAUCUCGGCGCAGGGAGCGUCAGUAUUAGCAUCUCUAGAUGGUAUGUUAACUGAGGUCGGUCUCUCAGAUUGCUACUACGCUAGUCGUGCUAGCAGUACCGCCAGCAGCGGCCUAGGGAACCCCCCGAGUAGGUUAGAUCUGGGAACAUUGUAUGAGGGCGAGGAAGGUGCAACAUAUGACCCAACUGAAAACGAACACGCUGCACGGAUUACGGGACAAAGCUUUCACAGUCGGCCUCAACGAUACGAUCGGAUUCUCGUACGGGGCGACGAAUUUGAAGUUCUUUCAUAUAACCUCUUCGGAUUCCCCAGUGGAGACGAAAGCCAGCUGGCAAGUGAUCAUUGGGGAGUGAGAGCGACACUCAAGUUGGAUGGCCCGUGUUCUGGAGAUCUGGAAAGUGAAAAGGCCUCUAUCAUAGUUGAAAGGGCACCAUCGAGUCUUGGCUGCAUCGAUGGCUUGAAGAACUGCCUGAAAGACCAUCAAGCCUUCCCAUCCGAUGCGGAAAUCGUCCAGAGGAAAGAGGCUUUCGAGUUGAUCAAGCAGCUCGUCAACCAGCGUGAUGCAAAAUUGCCAGCUGAUACCAGACUAGAUCUGUUAUUUGCGGUUGUGCCUGUUGGCUCAUAUGGCUUCGGCGUGUGGAACAGGUCAUCCGAUAUGGAUAUCCUGGUCAUCGGACAAGUCAGCCCACGAACAUUCUUCGCCCUCAUUUUGGCGAAGCUACGGCGAGCAACGGACGGUGAGGUUGUGCUUCUCCGCAAGGUGAAGGCAGCAUCCGGAACCAUGUUGGAGUUGGAGGUUCGUGGCGUACGGGUUGAUUUACAGUAUUGUGCAGCAACUCGUGUUGCUGAAAGCUGGCCACAUGCCUUAGAGCUUCCUGCAGGUGAUUCCACCUUUGACCUCCCUAUGCAAUCGUUGCUCAAGCUCAACUCCCUGCGCGACAUGCACUACCUGCAACGCACCAUCCAGACUUGGCGUCGUUUCCUGGGCUAUCUAGGAGGUGUUCACAUUACCUUACUCCUGGCGCGUAUUUGUACUCUCUCAUUCCGUCAGACCGGCACCAUCUCAGCAGCGGACAUCAUCACCACGUUCUUCAAACACUAUGCACAGUUCGACUGGGAGCGAAAUGUCGUCUAUGAUCCCAGCUUCUACAGGUCGCCACCGCGGUACUUCCGACCUCAAAGGGAGCCAUUGGUGAUCCUUAGCCAGCACCAACCGAAAGUCAACGUUGCGCGUGCGGCUUCUAUCCCGUCGACGAGGACACUUGUGCAAGAGUUCCAACGGGCAGAUGACCUUCUCUCAAAACAGGAUGUUACCUGGGAACAGUUGGCUGGGUCUGAUGAACAUUCCACCGGUGCAGAGGAAUUCCUCAAAUCAUAUCGGAGCUAUGCAAAGGUCAACGUCCAAUACUGGGGAGGUGCAGCGACAAAGGGUAGAAUGCUUGUUGGGUGGCUGGAAUGGCGAUGCGUGUCGCUUCUCGUUGAUAUUCAUCGAAAGUUUCCCGAUAUCCACGCCCGGAUCUGGCCGGCUCGGUUCACAGAUAUGGAGGAAGUGGACGAGACCACUAAAGAAUAUCAAGGCUGCUAUUUGAUCGGUCUGGCAAGGCAAAACACGCCCGGGGCGAGCCCAUUAAGCGAUGCCGACCGACAAUCGGCCCAGAUCUCUCUCCUGGCUGUGCUGAAUGCCUUUGCAGAGCAAAUCCGUGAAGACGAGAACUACUUUGACGCUUCCUCUAGCUGGGUUGACGUCAGCCUAGUCCAGCCCUCUGCACUCGGCGGUCUCCGGAUUGAUAGUUCUGACUGGGGACAUACAGCUUACGACGAAGCGUCAUUCGACGACGAUGACGAUGAAAUUGAUCUUGAGGAUGAUGAGGAUGAAGACCUAGCUCAGCCACGCCAGCGGACGAUGCCUAUCCGUGGGGCUAAGGUCGUUGCCGUGCCCGAAGGGGCAAAGCUUCGGUCUGCUAGUGAUGUCCUAAACCGGCUUCGUUGGGAUGCCGAAUUUGAUAUUGAGGAUUACAUUGUCGGUUAUGAUGAUCGCUUCCUUGGGGAGAGGGAGAUGCCGGUGGGGCAAUGGAAGGCAGAUCUGACGGACGAAGCGUUUAUCCCCAUGCAUCGGAUUCUGUACUUCAAGAGGAAGAGCGAUGGAGAGAAGGUCUGGGAUCGAGAGACAAGGACGGACCUGCUCUUUGGUAGUGGUGUGUCGAGCAAGGCCCAAGACUGA